AUGUCGCCGUACCUGCUGCGUCCUGCCGUCGCCAUCCUUCGCCGACCGACCCCGCAAGGGUCGGCCUUCCUCCGCCGCUCCGUCGCCUCGGGUGGUGCUCUGAGGGUCGAAGACACAAAAGGGUGCUGUAUGGCCUGCAUGCAGGAUUUGGAGGAGAUGACUGCAAACUUGGAGGAGGUGAAUAAACACAUGGAAAUUCUGCUGGAGCAUGAGAGACGCUUCGAGCGCAGCCAGCAGCGGCAAAAGAAGCUGUCGUGUGUCCUUAUCCCUGCCACCAUUGCGUUCUACAUCUUUGGGCCAGAGAAGAAGGACAAGCCGUCGUCAGAGGCGCAAUCAGAAAUCUAG